AUGGGCAACCCUGUGACAGUUCGAAAGCUCUGGAAGUGGAGUAUGCAUAUUUCCCCUGAUCUAGUUUUUAUCUCAGAAACUAUGAUUAGUAAGGAAGCGGUGGAAAUGAAAAAAGGGAGAAUUGGGUUCUCUAAUGCUUUUAGGGUGGCUAGUCAAGGUAAAUCAGGGGGACUUUGUUUGUUCUGGAACGAAGAAGUGACUGACUUCUCACUUGUUUCUUUUUCGCAAAAUCACAUUUGUGGUGAUGUGAAUAAAGGGGAGGUGACUUGGAGAUUUGUUGGGAUAUAUAGAUGGCUGGAUAGUGGAAAUAAGUUUCGUACUUGGGCGCUUAUUGAACAUUUUUGUAGAGAUGUUGAUGUGCCAAUCAUCUUUGGUGGAGACUUUAAUGAGCUACUUUCACAUGAAGAGAAGGACGGGGGCUCGGAUCGAGAAAGGAGUGAAAUUGCUAAAUUUAGAGAAAUGGUGGACACUUGUGAAUUGAGGGGCCUUGGUUUCGAAGGACAAUGGUGGACUUGGGAACGAGGGAAUUCAAUAGAAAGUUAUGUUCGAGAGCGGUUGGAUCGAUAUUUAGCCUCCCCUUCUUGGAUGGACUUAUUCCCUAAUGCUUAUGUUGAGCAUUUGCUAAGGCAUAGUUCGGAUCAUACUCCCAUAGUGGUUCGUACUAGGCCUAGAGACAAGCAGCAAAAAAGACCGAGGAAAAGCUUCAAAUUUAAGACAGCGUGGCUCUUGGACACCUCAUGUGAAGCUGUGAUCAAGGAAGCUUGA